AUGGUUAAAAUCGAUCAUGGAACUCUAUUAUCCUGGGGAAUAAAGGAAAAAAGCAAGAAGAAUAACAAAAAUGCUAAACCGGUCACAUCUACUAAAUUGGUCGAACUUCUUAAAGUACAUACUGCACAUAUCGUUCUUCGUCGCACUCGUUGGGAUCCUCAUAAAAAAGAUUUUGUGCCAGAACCUAAGAUUUUGUGGUGUUCGAAUGCUUUUACACCAGUUAAUGCUUCAGUUCUAGUGCAUCAAUAUGAUUACAGUCCAAACAAAUUACAAAUUACAGGAGUAACAUUUUCGCCUGUUUUAUCACGUCAAAAUAUAAACCAAUUUAAUUUACAAGUAUCAUAUAUUAUUCCAGAAAUGUAUGCAUGUACUGCAUUGAAAAAGAAAUGUUUGAAAGCUAUUAUAGUCACCGAUAGUGAACAAGAGUCAAAUAUUCAUCCAAACUAUAAGUUUAUGGAUGGUCAAAAACCAGUUGAUUCAAUAUUAAUUCAUGUUGAUCAGCAAAAAGCUAGAUGCAUUUCUAAAUAUUUAUACGUGCAAGCGAAGGACUGUAAAGAAGAAGAAUAUCAAGAACUAGUCGACUUAUUAUCUACAAUAGACUAUGGUUUUUAUGAAAACGAAGAACAUUUACCCGCUGGUGAUCUAAAUCUAACAUUUGAAGAAGAACGAGAUAGACUAGCAGAAGCUAUGAAACAAUAUGCAUUACCAAAUAUCUUAAAAGGAUUACGUCAACUUCGACAAAAACGAAUUAAACAUAAAUCCAAUAAAGAAGAUCAAGAUUGGAUUAAAUGUAAAACUAACGAGGAUAAAAUUGUUAGAAAUAUCUGGAAAAUAUGGUGUCAUGAACGAGAAUGUCGUCCUCGUGCGGGUAUUAUCCUAUCAUAUUUUGAUACACAAGGUUUAGCUGAAAUUCUUCUAACAAAGUUUUAUAAAAAUAAUUAUAUUCAAUAUGGAUAUGCAAAAGGUAAAAUCGAACACGGUGAAACUAUUAAAGAUUGUGCAGCUCGUGAAGGUGCUGAAGAAUUAGGUUUGGAUGCUAAAAUUAUUUACAAUCUAAUACAAUAUAGUCAACCAAUAAAAAAGAAUGUAUUUAAUGUUCUGGAGAAUUCAUGGAUUGAACAUUAUUAUUUUAUUAUUCGUCUACCCAAUAAAAACAUUCAUCUUAUGCCAAAUGAAAAAGAAAUUCAUUUACUUGAAUUUCGUCAAGAACGAACUGAAGAUAAAGUUACAGCUGAAGAAUUAGACAACGAAAAUGAUAGCGAUUGGACAGAAAUAGAACCUAAAAGUAUCAAAGUUGCUAAAGGCAUUUGGAAUAUGUGGUAUAAUGAACGAGAAAAAUGUCCUCGCUCUGGUAUUAUUUUUCUUUGUCGUGCAAAAUUAAAUAAAAUAAAAGUUCUUCUUACAAAAUAUAUUAAAAAUAAUCGUACUCAAUAUGGAUUUCCUAAAGGAAAAAUAGAAUUUGGUGAAACCAUCUUGCAAUGUGCGGCCCGUGAGGCUUCCGAAGAACUUGGCUUAGCUUAUAAAUAUAUAUAUAAUAUGAUAAAAUAUAGUACUCCUAUAAAAAAGAAAGUAUUUAAUAUUGUCGAUAAAUCGUUUGUCGAACAUUAUUAUUUUAUUGUUCCCGUUGAACCCAAAGAUAUGAAGUUCAAAAUAGACAAAAAAGAAAUUGAUGAUGUUGAAUGGCGUAGUAUUGGUAAUUUGCCAUGUCGUAAGAGUUGUUCAGUAAUGCAUUUGAUAAAAUCUGCAAAUACUUUAACAGAAACAAAUUAUUUUAUGGUUAUUUGUCGUGACCUUUAUAAGCAUACAUCACUUGUUAAACGUAUAAAAUAUUGGCUUUAUUCAGAAGAUUUAGAACGAUUGAAUGGACCGAUUAUAUAUAUAAUUGAGGAGUAUAUAUACAAACAAAUACUUCAUGAAUUAUUUACAAUGGAUGAUCGAUUUUAUGAGGAUAUCGAUGCACGAAAACUUAGAAGACAACAUAAUAAAGAGGAUUGGAGGAAUUUUGCUGUUCCUGUGACAACACUAGAUAUAAUUUAUCAAGAAUGGAUCUCUUAUCUACUUUCUGAUGAUGAAUCAAUGGAUGACAAAUAUUCUGCGUUUAGAGACACAACAGCUAAGUAUAAACUGGUUACUCCUACAAUCGCAAGAAUACGUACACAAUGUGCAAACUAUAUUUGGAGAGUCUGGUGUAAAGAGAGAAUUUGGGGUCCACGUGUUGGUGUGACUUUACUGUCAAUUAAGGAAGAGAGUGCAGAAAAGGUUUUAGUUAUUUCACAUAUAAGUGAUAAACCUUUCAAGCGUCUUAAUAUUGGAUUUCCUAAAGGAAAACCUAAUUUAGGAGAAACAAUAAAAGAAGGAGGUGUCCGUGAAUUUCUAGAAGAGACUGGUAUGAUCGAUUCAUAUGACAUCCUUAAAAUGGCUAUUUGCAAUGGUACAGUUAUUACAAAAUAUCCAUAUAUUGGUACCAUACAACAGUGUCGAAGUCGAGCACAUCAUUAUGUUCUAGCUACAACAACUUGUCAAGAUAUGUCGUUUCGACCAAACAAAAAAGAAGUUUGUGAUGUUUACUGGCACAGUAUUUAUACUCUGCCAUGUUGUGAUGCUUGCAAAAUAAAAUGGAAGUAUACAUUACAUAAUGAUUUAGAAAUACCUGUUAAUUAUCAUAUGGUUACAUUAAGAGAUAUGAAUGGAGAAAAUUCAGCAGUAUUGUAA